AUGGCGGAUGAGGACGAGUUUGGGGAUCUCUAUGUGGAUGUUCUUCGCCCUGCUUCGGGUCCUCCGCAGUCGUUGCCGUCAAGCUCCAUCGAUGCCAGGCUCGGCAGCUCGAAGCCUGCGGCCCUCGAUCCCAAUUUUCUGUUCGAGGGAGACGAUGAUGAGGACGAAGAAGACAAGGGAGUAUUCCAUGGGGCUUCGGAUUCAUAUGUAGGUCCUACUUCUAGGACGUCUCCUCGAGGACCGGAGCCGUCCAUAGUUGUUGAGUCUCGUAAAGGAAGGGAUGAAGACUGGAUGCUCGGGGAUGGGCGUGUCCCCGAGGAGCAGCCCGUGGGUUGGAGUGAUGAGGAAGGCGAGGGUUUGGGUAGGGUUUCAAGCCCCAACAAAGAGUAUUCCCCCCCAGAAAGAGACGAAUUUAGGUUUUCGCUGGAUGAGGAAGAGGAGGUGGAGAGCACGGUUCUGGAGGCUUCACGCGUGAAGGUGGAGGAAGAGAAAGAUGUAGGGAUUCACGAAGUUCUUCUGGCUACUGCGCCGGGGAAAAAAGCCUCAAGGACAAUGGAGAUCGAUCAUAGGGUUGACGAUGUUGAUCAAGAGCCUGUUAUUCCUGGUCUUUCUGCCGUUUCUCCUGCACCAAGUGCCUUCCGCGGGAUGGAUGACAGUGAUGAAAAAAUCUCUAGAAGCGAAGACUUGGAGAGUGAUAGUGAUGACGAUCUACAGAUUGUUCUGAACGACGAUAAUGUCGGGCGACCCUUUGGUGGGGUCAGAAACACGAUUGCUGGGGUUGAGGAUGAGGAUGAGGAAGAGGAUCUGGUUAUUGUCACCGACGAGGACCAUCAUCAUCAUCAUGCAGUGGAGGAGCAGGAGUAUGGCGACGAAUUAACACAGGCGCCUCUGGAUGGUGAGAGAAAUGAGGUCUUGGAGGCGUCAAAAGGGAAUGGGGGAGUCGGUGGCAUUGGGCUGAGGAUUGGAUACAACAGUCAUGGGUUUCAUGGCCAGCAUCAUUCACAGUUUAAGGUCUGCCAUCUUUCUUAAAUAACCUAUUGGCUGAUGGCGGAAGGAUCAUAAUUCUUGUAUAGUGCUACUAUCAAAGUGCUUGGUUGCUCCUUUAUUCCUUGCGCCAGUUUAAGCUGAUUUAUGGGACUUCACUCAUUUCUCUCUUAAGCUAAUCUCAACUACCUAAUCAGAUAUCUUUGACUUUCUGCAUGAAGCAUCUCAUUUCCAGAUAUAGAAUGUAUUUCAAGUUUUUUCACAAUGUCGUACUCCAAGUCUUGUCUUCUUGAUAUGAAAUAUCUGUCAUCAUGUCUUUCUGUUUGAAAUAGCUUUGUCCUGAGAAUUCGCAUCAGUUCCAGCCUGGUCUCUGUCUGCAAUGUCAUGCUAGUAAUGAUUUUUACAUGAAAUCGGUGACUAGAUGGUUGCUUUUAUUUGUGUUUGCCUAUUUUGUCGUUUCAAACCUUACAUAAAAGGGUUACUUGAUUUCUAUCAUAUAGAGGUCCACUAAAUGUUGUCUGAAUAGAUUUCCAUGGGGAAAUGGUAAGCAUAUUUAAGGUUUUCUUCCCUGAAGACACUAGCAGUUGUCACCUUGUUUUCAGAAUCUGCCUUAAUGAUAUGACUGAUAUCUUUGGCGCAUGGAAAAUCAACCAAACCUAUUAUCACUUUCACUUUGUUAUAUAUCUUCAGAUAGUGAAUUCAUCUAAGGAGAAUUUCUCUCUCCUGUCACUAUCACGUGCCCUUAAAGAUUUUGAUUCGGUCAUUCUGCUAGGAUCAUAGUCAAGCUCAAAUUGUUUGGGGUUGCGUGUCGAUUUUCUUUUAUGCCAUGACUGACUGCAUCCGCUUAGAGAUUAUUCAUAUUUCCUGAUAAACCUUGGUUUUUUCUUUAGCAUUGUUGUUGAUUUCCUGAAAUAGUAGUUUAUGUUUAAAUCAGAUGACUGUUAUCGGAAAACUGUCUUUUGUAUCAUCGCCAAUGAAGAAAUCAACAUGUUAUGGAAUUUUUGAAAUAUUCAAUAUUAUUUAUCAUAUCAUUCCUUGAACUUUAUGUGCGUGUUCAUAAUUCUUUUUUUCCGUAUAUGAUUCUGUAAAGACGAGUUCAUGUAUCCAUUUUUCAUUUUUUCCUCAUUCCUUCCUAUUUCUGAAAAUUGGUAAUAUACAAAUGUCCCUUGUUCUGGUGGGUUUUUUUUUCUAAUAUUAACGUUUUCAUUGCUUCUUUCAGAAUGUUUUUUUGUGAUACUUAUUUUUCGUUUAAUAUUUUGAGCUUUUUGCUGAUUUAUAGUUUUGAGGUUGACCGUCCUGGUGCUCAGUAUCUUUGUACGUUUAAAUGUUGUCCAAAAUAUGAGCAGAUCUAGUACAACAUUGAACAUCAUUUCAUGCAUUUACAUUCAUCAAGUUGGAAAGCGAUAAAAGAUUUGAGAAAUUGAUAACUUUGGUUUUUCAGUCUUUUUUCUACGAAUAUUGGUAAUCAUCUGAUGCAUCAACUUGGAACUUACUUUCUACUUUCUAUUGCUUACCUUCUUGGUUUGCAGUAUAUCAGACCUGGUGCAGCAGGCAUUCCUGGAGGGUCCACUGGUAGUACUGGAGCAACUUCAGGUCAGGCUCGUCCUUCACCUGCAAUGGGUCCUAUGACUGCUCGAACUAGAGGGAUGCAAAAAGGUCCUCACUCAGGUUAUGGAGGGCCAACUUGGGGAAGUAAUGCAGCACGAGCCUAUGGUAGCGGGUUGGAUUUCACGCUUCCCUCACACAAGUAAGUUAUUAUGUAAUGAUGCGGCAAAUUUAAAUGAAACAAAUGUAUUAUGUGGAGAACUUAUGUCCGUGAUUGACCCCUUAAACAAGAAUUAUUGAUUGACCCCUUAAAUGCUAAUUGAGGGGAUGUUCUUAGGCAGCCAAGAAAGUAUGCUAACGGAGAUGUUUGUCAAAACAAUAAUUCUUGAGAUGUACUUUACGUGCCGACUUUCCUACUGACAUUUAUUGCUGGCAGUGUUUUUUCAUUUUUUUACAAAAGUUUUGCUGAAUAUUCAUUUUCUCUGCACAAAUGUAGUCUGCUCCUUAAAAAUGUGUUUCUGUUGUUGUGAACAAGUUAAUUGAUUGUUUUCCAGUUUCUAAAAUGUAAUAUGGUGUCUGAAUACUGUAUCUUUCCCGCAUGGUUGUCUGUUGACUGACAAUUUUCAGACACUCCCAUUUCUUUCUAUGACUGAAAUAUUUUCUCGUUUCUAAUCUGAACUUAGCAGUGUAUUGAUGAAUAACGAAUGAAUGUCAGUUUGAGGAAAGGAUUUCAGUGAUGGCAUGAAUGCUUGCCUUAGGGCAGCGACAGUGAGCUAGCUUUACGGGGUUUUUGGGAGAGCACCUAUCUCUUCCCCCUUGUCCUCCCUAUCCAUUGCGCAUUGAAAACUUCCUUUUUAAGAAGCUGCUUUAAAUACUGAAAAUAUCUGAUUGUCUAUUAAAAUUUGAUGAAGGCAGUUGUGUCUCCUUUCAUGUGUCUAACAGCUGUUGGUUCUGGGGAUUUUUUUUUAGGACAAUAUUUGAUGUUGACAUCGAUGGCUUUGAGGAAAAACCAUGGAGACACCCUGGAGUUGAUAUUUCAGAUUUCUUCAACUUUGGACUUGAUGAAGAAAGUUGGAGAGAUUAUCGAAAACAUUUGGCAAGCAUUUUUUUUCUUCCUUGGAUAUUGAUAAGUGCAUCCUAAAAAUGGGGAGAGAGGUGAAUGUCACACUGUUUUUCUUUUCUAUUACUGACCAAAUCGGUUUUGAUACUGCAGGAGCAGCUUCGUCUUGAGGCCACAAUGCAAAGCAAGAUACGUGUAUAUGAGAGUGGGAGAUCUGAGCAGGUAACCAUGCAUAUGCACUGCUUGGUACUAAUAGAUUGAUCCUUAUUUUUUUACUUUCAUGACUUCUCUUUUUAGGAUUACGAUCCAGAUCUGCCUCCAGAACUUGCAGCUGCGACUGGUGCUCAGGAUUACUCUGAUAGUACUCACCAUGGAAAGCCGGAUGGUGGAUGUAUCGAUUUAAUUGGCCCUGGAAUUGGAGCUGUCCGGUCCCACGCACAAUUAGUAUGAAUUUCCACUCUCUCUUACUCGUUCCUCCUUGGCUUUUAUUGGUAUAGCUUUUCUGAAUUGAUGUGCAAGCCCUGUUUACGUUCAUGUAUGUUCUAAAUGCCUGUUUUCAUCAUAAUUUUUCAGUUAUCAUCUUUGUAUAACCGGCUCAAUUGAUUUGAAUUGCAUAAUUGGGCCUGGAAUUGGAGCUGUGGCUCAGCUCUUCCUUUUACGCUUCUAUCGAAUUUUCCAAGCAAAGUGAACUAGUUUCUGGAAUUUCAUGCAAAUUUUGAUCUUAAAAGAAGUCUCAUUUUAGUAGCCCCAUAUGGCAUAAUUUAUUUACAUUCAUGUGGAUGCCGUUAGGGUGAGGGGGGUGGGGAAAUGGUUAACAGUGCUUUGCGUUAUCCUGUUUAUAUGAACUAUUAUCAACAUUCUAUGACCAAAAAAAUUGCGUUCACAAGCAGCCAACGGGAAGGGCAAUACAAGUCGAGGGUGGCUGUGGUGAUCGUCUUCCUUCUAUUGAUACCAGACGACCGCGAAUGCGUGAUUCUGAUGCAAUCAUAGAGGUAUGCCUUAUCCAAGUUCUACAUAUAUUUGGGGGAAGGGUCCAAUUGUUGGUUGAAGGAACUUAUGGUCAUCUGUUGAAAAUUUUCUUGCAAAACAGAUUGUUCUGCAGGAUUCUGUUGAUGAUUCGAUCACAUCCAAUGGGACCUCGAAUCAACAACUGUAUGAACGCCAAGGGAAGGAUUUUGGAGCAAGUCAUGAAUCAGAGGAGCAUGAUAGGGAUGCUGAUUCGGAGUACUUGGAACAUACACUGCCUGUUUUUAGUGAUAGGAAGGGAGAGAUGAUAGAUGGAAAGGAAACUUUUACAGGGUCUGUUGAGAACAGUGUCCCAGAAGGGAACGGCAUUUUGCCCUCUCCUCCAGAUGUGUCACUUCAGCAUUCCUACGACUCAAAAUCACAUAGUCCUAUUUAUGAUGUUGACCGUCGUGGUACACGGCCAGUUGCAAGGUAUGGCAUAGUCUUUUGGGCAAUUCGUUUGAAAAAAAUAAAUUUCAUAUUGUGCCUUUUGUUUCCUUCCACUGUUCUCGAAAUUUUUGAUUCUCUCAGACGAACUUCAGCCACUUUGUUGAAUUUGAUGCACGUUUUGUUAACCCUUCUACUGUUUAUUAUCAGUAUUUAUUUUUUUCGGUUAAAGUUAAUUAUCUGAUCAGUCAUGAGAAGAGAUCAAUUUUCCUCUCAUGUUUGGUAUUGGCCGAGUUUUGCACUUGGACAUAUCAAAUAUAUGCAGUUUUAAUAAGAGAUGUGCUUGGAGUCUUGUUGCUGUUGGAUGUGUGUAGAUGUGGUAGGGAGUGGAUAUUGGUGCAAACUAUUGGAGAAUAUUAUUACAACAGCUCUUUAGAUGUUGGAUGAAACCAUGUUCUUUAGAUGAGGGUACAAUCUUGCAUGCUUUUUUUUACGUUAUGCAUGCGUUGCUUGAUUUCUCUUAAAGAAUAUUCCGUCGAGUGUAGAUGGCCAUUAAGGUCAAUCUAAUUUGCGCUGUCAUGAAUCUGGCUUUAAGUUUUGUCCCUAUAAAGAUUGAAAACACUGGUACAUGAUAGUGGUGUGUCAACGGAAGGCCCGAAAUUUUGAUGAAUAAUCAUGAUCGCGUGCUGAACUUGAUGGUCUAUGGGCAACAUCCUGCACUAUGGAGCUCCCAGUGUAGUUAGUAGGCCGGAAAGGGGAAUCUGUUUAAAUCGCAUGCUAUAAAUAAGAAAUAUGAUAGUCACAUGACCAAUAAGUUAGGAUGCUUGUGAAUGUUUAGAAGAAGGACAAGAUCAUUCGAAAAUUUUGAGCAAAGGGCUGUAAGUUGCCUUUGCUCAUGAAUGAGUUAAAUUUUAUGAUCCCCCAUUCCUUGGCUAUACACUUUUCUUAAUUGAGUCUCCCCGUAGACCUAAUGUGCUUAAUGCUGUUCUAAAAACCAUCCAGUAGGCCUAUAUUUUUUUAAGUGUCAGUAGUGCAGUUUUCUUAGACCAUUCUACUCACGAUCAGAAAGUGUAUAAAUAGAGUAGAAUCCCAAACACUACUUCAAAUGCUUCUGGUGAAUUUGAUGUGUAUACGUGUAACAAUCUUGUGUCAAAUAUGUUUCAUGAUUUGAUGCUUAUCUACCUCUUUUUACAGUGGGACACAAGUUUCAAUACGUGAAAGAUACUCCCAUGUUAGUGACGACGGUUCAAAUGCUGCAAUCACAACACAGAGUGAUAAUUUGCAAGUAGAUGAUGAUCUCAAAGAUAAAUCAGGAGCCAGCAAGGGAGAUGAAGGGGUCUUGAAGUUGUCGCCAUCCACGGAGGGAACUGCUGGAGAGAUUAUCUUAGAAGGUGAAGGAGAUGGUGAACAAAAUGAAAGGCUUGUUUUGGAUGAUGGUGGUGAUAUUGAAGAUGAAGAAAGAGGUUCUGAUUUUCGAGACUCAGAUGAGACUCAAAAAGAUAAUGGCUCACAAAAUGCCAUCAAGAAACAAAAGUUUACUGCUCACGAUGACCAGCCUACUGUCCAAGGUGGUGGGGUUGAUCCAAGGGUGACACAAAGUGGUAGUCGUAAAGGGAAAUUGUUGAGCAGCAAGGAUUAUCCGAAGAGGCGGGAUAGUGGAGAAGAAGAGGUUCAGCAUGGACGGACGAGGCAGACUGGGGAUCCGAAAAGACAUCACGAUGAAGAGAAACGAAGUUCCCAACGAAGAGAUGAUCAUGGACGGGAUGUGGGACAUGUGGACAGACACCACAAUGCUUCUAAAGGAAGGCAAGAUUCAUCUCAAUCUCAUCCACCAGUGGAAUCACGUCCAGCACAUCAUGGGCGCAGGAGUGAGGGUCUUGAGAAAGCGAAGGAGAGAGAUGCCUCUGUUGGUGUCCGGCAGAGAAGAGACGAUGAUACUUAUGGCAGAAGGGGAAAAGAUGAGGACACAAAGAGAGAUCAUGGUGAGGAGAUUGGCGGAUCAAGGCACAGGGAUAAAGUUAGGAUUGGUGAAAAGAAAGGAAAAGAUGCGGAUCUUCAUUCAAGAAAGCAUGUUGAUGAUGGAGACCGUAAAGGUCAUCAUCGAGAUUCUGCAGUAAGGCAAAGGGACAGGGAUGACAUCCCGACGAGUAGACGUGAAACUGCUGAUGAACUUCAUAUCAAAAAGAGGAAGGAUGAGGAACAACGGAGGAGAGAGAAGGAUUCGAAGGAGCAUUCCCAGCAUGGACACAGGAAUAGAGACGAUGGCUCUCUUGGUAAGAGAGAAAGGGACGAUGCCUCUGAUCCCAGGAAGAGGGAUGAGCAAGUCAGAGACAACUCUACUAGGCACCGAGAUGACAACUGGAGGCAGGGGGAGAAAGAGGACCGACAGCGAUUUAAACAACCACAUGAAGACACACAGAAACACAGGGAAAGAGAGGAUCGGAGUGGUAGACUUGUAGAAGACAAGAAUUCUAGUGGGGGUGGAAGGGUCAGUGACGGAAAUUCAUCUAAAGAUAGAAGACGAUACCCUGAUAGAAAUGCAGAUUAUGUUGAUAAGCACAAACGUGCAGAGCAUGGAGCACGUGAGGAAAUGCACUCGCAUGAAAAUCAGUUAAGCAGCAAGGAGAAGAACAGCAGGCAACAAAGAUCGAGCAGCAACAUUGAUCAUCAUAAGAGUGCUGAUGGGAGAAAGAUGAACAGGGAAUCACAGAAGGAGAGUUCCAGAAAAAACAGGGAAACUGAGGGAGGCGAGUUAAAAGUGGGAACUGGAAAAAGAAAGCGUGGGGAUCGUGGUGGUCUCCAGUCUGAGAAGGUCAGGCCUACCUUUAAAUAAAAAAAAUCUGAAGUUAGGUUCAUUAUUGACUAAAAUAGAAAGCUCAUUUACUUUUUCUGCACCUGUUCAGAAAUGUCAUUCAAGAUUAAGGGAACUAUGGUUGGAUUUUCAUUUGAUUAUAUGUCAAUAAUAUGUGUUAUCAGUUAGCCUAAUUAGUCUUCACCAGAACCUGUCUCUCUAAACUUUCAAUUACAUUAGAUUACUCUACGUAAAGUUAUAUUCUGAAUAAUCAUACUUCUAUGCAUUGUACUUCAAUAAUUACUUUAAAUGCUGCUUUGAUUUUUUGCUAUUCGGAAGGAGAUGAAAAGCAUUUGGUGUCGAUCUGUGGAACCUGGUGAAAAGGGAAAACCUGGUGGACUGUGUGGUGGUGGAGCUUUUGGUACCAAAAGCACCAAAAUGAAAGCUUUUCUAGAAAGAUGCUGUGAGAUUUACGGCUUACAGAGAAGGGUUGAUGAAUUAAAGAACUUCUGAAUGUUCCUACACUGGUGUGGAGCAAUAAUCCCUGUUGGCCUUUCGAAUGUCUGAGGGUGAAAAGUUUGCUUUGCUUUGCCCUUUGGGGGAAGCUCCCUCUUUUUUUUGUUUCGUUUGGAGGGGCUGACAUCAUUGGUGCUGGUGUCACAAAGGGGCUACUAGUCAUUGGUCUAUGAUGACCUGAUUAUGACUCCAGUUAUCGUCUACCAUUAUUUUUCAUAGCUGUGAUGUGGCAGGCGAAUGGAGGAAGACGACAGUACUUUGAGAGGACAUCGUCUCCUGAUGCUUGUUUCAAGUGCUGGCUUUUUGAUUUGAAGGUUUUCAGUUAUGGACAAGAUGGUGGAGGAAUCCCAAUGUUGAACAGGGGGCUCAUGGCCCGUGGUGCAGUCUUUAAUGAUGUGGAGGCAUUGCCCCUAAUGAUUCAUGUCGGCUCUUACAAAAGGAUAUUACUUGUGACUUAGUUAAUAGUUAAUAUUUAAAUUUUAAUUUACUUUGUUUAAAUUAGGUGUACUCUAACUAGUGGUGUAAGGUGGUGAGUAACCAACUUGGUUCACCUAGGAACCGUGGCCUUCAGAAAAUUUGGAACGGCAUUUUGCAUCGGAGAUUUUGUUGAAAAAGUCAGAUUCUUUAUUUCGUAGAUGUGAAUACAGAUAAGAUUGUUGGCAGUUCUAUUUAGAAGGAUCCUACAUCAUAGAGAGUGAAGUCCCCGAGUUUGUCGAUCUAUAACAACCUCUACAGAAAAUUAUAUUGAAAUGGAAUAAUUUAGAGAUGGAAUUCAAAAAGCAAUUUUCGCUGUCAUGGAUAUGGAAUAUUGCCAUGGAACAAUUUGAUGUCGAAAGUAAUUUCUUGUCAGGUCAAUAUUGUCUCUUGUAAAGUAGGUAAUCAAAAACUUCUUACAGAAUUUCGAUUUUAAAUCCCGACAUGAUUAACAAGUGCGUUUUCGGUGGUUUGCUUUGGGAAAUUCUAGAUUAGCCAGCUAUAUAAGAAAGAGGUACCGUGGGGUAAAGAUUUUUUUUGUAAAUAUUUGAUGUCCACGAGCCUCUGUAGAAGUAGGAUUCUUUUAAUUUUGUGGAAGAUGUUUCCAUCAGGUUAACAUCGGAUCUCUGUUGCGAAUGGAAUGAUAAAUGAUUUCAGCAAAGUUUCGGGUAUUACCAGACAUCAUGAUGGUGAUUGUGGUCAAUCAGAAUUGUAUGCGAUUGACUUGAUUGAGCGAAUGGUGGAUAUUAUAUUCCGUUUUUUGUUCUUUUUCUAGUGUGAUAUCUUGCUUGAUCUUCUUCGUUAGAAACAUGCGACUAGGCCGAGAUUGUUCCACGAUGUUUUGUUUUUCCUCUUGUAUACUAUGUUCCAGUUCUUUUAUUGAACAGAGAAUUUAAUUGAGCCAUAAAGGAGUCAAUCUACGGCUUUGUGAAUUUUUCUCUGUUUGUUCCGACUUCUCCCAUUGAUUUGGGUUCUUGUGGAGACGUGCUGUUGAAAUAGAUGUGUACAUCUCAUGUCUGAUUCUCGGAAGUAGGAUCGACUGCUAUUAGAUUGUUAUGACAUUAAAUCAUCCACGUUCCGGAACUCCCAUCUUCCAAUUUGGAGCCACUUUGUUGUGAUGAUUAUUUACAUAUUUUUGCCAUUUUGUUUUAUUAUUAAUGUUUUCCACUGGCUAUGGUCUCUAUUUCUUUUGUCCAUUUUGUGGGUUGAAAUCUCCUCGACCCCUAUUCAGUAAUCUUGAUGCCCUGUUUUUUGUGGUUCUUCCAUAUGGUAAUGUGCUAUGGCAUCUCCACUAAUGGUUAUCCUGCAGUGUUGGUUUAGUUAUGAAUUUCUUAGCAGUCACUGGGAUGCAGAAGAUUCCCUUUCCAAAGUCGUUUGAGUCAGGCGAAAUCACUGUAUGUGUCAUCAAGAUGGGAGGUUUAUGUGCCCAUCAAGACUUCUGUUAAUAAGUUACUUUUCUCACGCCCGUCAUGAUGGGUGGUUGAUUCCCUCUACAUUCCCUUUUUAGUGUGAUCUUAGAAAAGUCCGUGCAGAAGUUUAGUAUGAUAGGAGGUUGAUUCCCUCUACAUUCCCUCAACGUUCUCUCACCCUGUCAUUGAUAAAAAAAAAAUCUGCUUUUCAAAUAUGUGAAUGUUCUCUCCUUCCAUCCUGGCCAAAGGUUCACAUGCCGGAUGAACAUCCAUGUUCUACAAUGACAAAUUCAUGCCUGUCCACUCAACAGCCCCUGAACACUCUCUCACUCUUUCACUGAAAGUGUAGGCCAUGUUGGUUGUCCUCCCCUUCCAUAUUCCCCAAAAGGUUCACAUGCUGGCUGAACAACCGUAUUCUGUAGUCCCCUAUGGUUUUCAUUUAAUAUUUGCCUGUUUAUGUUCUCGUUGGCAGUCAGAAGGUGCUAUCUAAUGCCGAUUGUGUGGAACAGCUUCUGAAAAAUCUCUGUUGAAAAUGACGAUAAAAUAUGUUGUCUGAUGGCCCACACUCACGUAGACUGCUAUCCACAUAAAGAGCCAUAUAUUUGGCCGUCCACGGCAAGGACUUCAGUUUGGUCCUUACCUUCAAUGGGAUGAGAAUCUCUAAACUCGAGAUGCCUGGGGUGGUGCCCAGGAACUUUCCUCAUUUUUCAUCCCUACGAGGCAGCUCCGGUGAUUGACAGUCAAUUGUUUUACAAAGAAGUUGAUUUGAUUCUCUAGUUGGCUAAUCCAUGACAACUGAAAUCUGUUUAAGCAGUCAGAUUCGGACCACAUUGAUCAGUUAUCGAUUUCGAGAGAUGAAACAAAUUCGAGAUAAAAACAGAAAUCUUACAAAUACAAUUUUGUAGUGUAUGUACACAUAGACAACUAGAAACAGUGAAAGAUUCACUGAAGAGUGAAUUAAACUUAAAACAUCCCACGAAAUAUUCAAUGGAAAGUUUGCACAUCUCAUUAUCUUGUUCUCAUGUAGUGCUUACGUUUAAUCAUCUCAAACCGUGCUCCUCCUACCCUGGUUCUUAAUUUCCACUGCCACUUAGACGAUGUUGAGUUGAAGUCUAUGAUGGUGACCCUCAUUCUCUUUGUUUUUGUCUCUUUGUCCCUACUUGAUAUCAGGUCAAAACUCUUUUCCAGUGUCUCUGAAAUUUUGAGAAGGAAUGACAAUGCAACCCACCAUUUGACGAAAGCGCGUCUCUUUCCAUCCUAUGUCAUUUUGCUUUCGAGUUUAUGCCCAAUUUGGUUCAAUCCCUGCAGUGCCUUUGUUGAGUCAUCUGCAGCCAUCACAGGCGGUAUGCCAGCAAUGAGCGGCAUGCAGCCAUGGGGGUACAGUGGCAUAACGCCAGGGCUGCUGUGGCACUCAUGGGAGCCACUGCUGAUCUGGUGAGUUUUUUUCUUUCUUAUUCUUCCUCUGCCGUUCCUUCCUCCCCUUCUUCCUCCGCUGGUGUGAGUUCCGGCCGACUUCUUAUAGGGCUCGUUAGAACCUAUAAAUCUGCCAAUUUGACGUGAUUUAGUGCCCCUAAGAAUUCAAUGGGAUCGUGAUUGAGCGAUUCUGAGAAGCACGGCUCCUCAUUUCAAUGUUGGAGAUUACGUGGAUGGGUUUUGUCAUCUCGUGAUCCGCUUCAAGAAAUCUGCUUUCUGUCAUAAUUUUUCAUAGACAAGCAAGCGAAAGAGAGGACAAGGGGGCAGACUGUUUGAGACCUCUCCCAAUAUGAACAUACCUCGAGCUUCCCCAUUGACUUUUACAGCAAAUCUUGCAUAAAUGACGCAAUGCUGAAUCCAUCAAUCCCAUUUAACUUUGGUGCUCAUCAAUCUUAGCUGCUGGCUCCUUGCAAGAUACAUGCAUUCAUUCAUGAUCCACCAGAUUUUUUUUCUGAAUUCAGUCUGAUGACGAACGCAUUCUGGGUUGAUCUAAUCAUCGUUUGGGUGUCAUCCUUGUGAUUGUUUUGUGCACGCCAUCUUUAAUGGGCAUGUAGUUCUUCUGCCUGUGUACAUGAGUCCUUUCAGGGGCCAUCUCCAGAAAUGGCAAUGUUUGCUCUUUAUAGUAUAUAAGCACGGUGCCCUUUAAGUCCUACUAAAAGUAUUGUAUUUCCUAUUUAGUUAGUCUCAUUGAAGCGAAGGAUAUCAACCUUACACACCUCUAAUAUUCUUCGAUUCUAUCUUUGUAGAUCCGCUGGGGAACCAUCCUCCAAUUCAUAUUCUUUCCCUUCCUUUCCCCUCCAUUAAAAACGCCUCCCCCCCCUCUCUCUCUCUCUUGGGGGGCACUGCUAGCCAUGAUCAUUCUCUCAUUCUCCUUUCCAUUUCCAUCAAUUCCCCUAUCUUCCAUAUCCGUAUCCCCUGAUCUCCCAUGUUCUAUGUUGAUUUUAUCCUUGAAGGGUUCCUAUGCUUGUCUCCUGGAAGGUUUUUUUUUGUCAAGUGUGGGGCCCACUGCAAUUGUGGACGGUUUAUGAGGGGCUUUGACUCCUCUUUGACUGUCAGCUGCUAAAGUGGAGAGCAGACGAUUCGAUCAGCUCCGUGAACCGUUGAAAUGAGAGCUCUCUUCUCAGUUAAUGGCAGGUUCUAGUCGGUCCCAUCAGCAGGGGUUUCUGUCUCACUUCUCUGACAAUUGUUGCCCAUCAUAGUCAGGGUCUUCUCUGAGUGGAAUGUCAACUCCUUGGUUUGACUUCUGGGGUGGAUAAGUUCCUCUUCUUUGGUGUUACUCUGAUCGAAAAAGUCAGCCUUAGGAGGGUGGAAUGCACAUUACUGAGAAUGAAGCUCCAUCCAGAAGCUACAAGAACAUAGUUUUUCCCAUUUAAUUACGAGGAACCAGUGACUUUGGCCAUGGAUAAGAGCUUCUUUGGUCAUGGUAAACCCGUAGAUUAUUUACUAAUUUAGUAUAGUAACUAAUCUUGAUUCAGGGUUGAUGCUCAUUGUUUCUGAUCAAGUAACUACUUGUUCUAUAGAAGCUAACAUGCAGCGAAAGAAUCAUGUUGGUCCCGGCCUAUUUACUCGCAUACAUACGUCUAUUUAUAGUAUGCAUGCAUCUCAUAUGCCAAUGCUGGUAGAUUAGAUAGCUAAUUGACUGUACAUGCUUAUUGAUUCUUUACUAUAUUUAGUUGGAUGUUCUUGUGAAAAUUGCCUAGUAAUUCUCUCUCCGAUGCUUAGGAAGGGGAGAGAGAUAAAGGCCUAGUUGGUCAACUUCUCUCUCUAGGAAAUUCUCAUGUCUGCAAAACCCUUGUGUAGGUGGGCUCGAAGGGGGUCAACGCUCAUCAAGAAGGAAGCAACUCGUCCUCUGGGUUGGUCCCUCAGAAGGGCCGCCGCCACGGGGAUGAACCGGCCGACAUCCCGGGGCAGAACCGUCCUCCGGGAAAUCACACAGAAGAGAACUUGGCAGCCUCCGAUGAAGACGACCCUCAGAAUGUGAAGAGGGGGCGGUCCAAGCUGGAGCGGUGGACGAGCCACAAGGAGAGGGAUUUCAACAGCAACAGCCUCCAAUCUCUGCCCUCGUCGUCAAAGGCAGGGGAGGCGGAAGUCAACGGCAGUGAGGCGGCGCCACUAGAGCAAGUGGGCAAGAGCGAUGACGGCGGCGCUGGAGGCGGCGCAGAAGUCAAAGGCACCGAAGCUACCCAACCAUCUGAUUCCACUGGGAAGGAGAACGAUCGGCACCUUGACACAGUGGCCAAGCUGAAGAAGCGGAGUGAGCGAUUCAAGGUUCCUCUGCCAGGAGAGAAGGACGGCGUUGGUGCAGCAAAGAAAUCUGAGGGCGAGGUGCCGCUGACCCAGAGUGAGACUCCCGUUGACUCCGACAUCAAGCAGGAGCGACCUGCCCGCAAGAGGAGGUGGUCUAGUAGUUGA